CGUGCACAAGCAUCGAUUGGAUGGUAACCAUCGUGGAAACAGAGAGAAGAAAGACGUCGAACAGAGACGACGAUAUGUCAGCAGUCAGUCUUCGGAUCGUCUUCGCCGACUAGUGUGAAAUAUCGCGCCCAAGUGUUACGAGCACGGCCACGCGGCCGCGGGGACCGAAUAGUCUCGCCGAGGAAAUAGAUUUUCCGUCCUUCUUCCCGUUCUUCUUCGACACUUUUGUCUCCUCUUCUGUCUUCCCCCUUUUUUUCCAUUCUUGGGAAUCGUUAAUUCGAUUUGAAAAUCGAACUAAAUUUUAUAAGUUGAAAGAAGGAUCUCUUCUUCCUGUUUCCUGUUUCCAUUAAUUCUUCGAUUUCUUCCUUUCAUCUUGUGAUCUUCUUAAGCCAGAGAGAUAGUAUAGUGUUCGUUGAGAGUAAUAUUUGUAUUUGAUUGAAAAAUAAUACAAUAGAAGAGAUUAGUUAGUUUUUCUGUGAAUUGGAUUACGGAGGUGUAAGGAAGAAAUAUUAUCGUAGAAGUCGAAGAAAAUAUUUCUUACUUCUUCCGAGUCGCACAUCUCGGGUCAGAGAGAUCGAAGAACGAAUUCUGGAGAUCGGAGACAAGAGAAAAUGCAACCAGCUCCGGCUACACCCGGUUCUCCAACACGGUCAUCUUGUUGUGAACGAGAUCGCGAACGGGAAGUUCACGAGGAUCGUGGAAGAGAGCGGAACAAUACUGGAAGACAAAAUCGAAUGACUCCGGAGGAAGAUCACGAGGAAAGAGGCAAUGAAAGGACGGUGAUUUCGGGACAGAAUCUUGGUGUUAUGACUGUUAGCGGAAAUCAGGGAUUAUCUCUUUCAUUGUCACUCGAAGACAGAGAUCUAUGGACUAAAUUUCAAUGUUUGACCAAUGAAAUGAUUGUAACAAAGAAUGGAAGACGGAUGUUUCCUGUUGUUAAAGUGGUUGCAAGAGGAUUAGAGCCAAAAGCUAUGUACACUCUUCUUCUUGAAUUCGUUCAAGUGGAUCCACACAGAUGGAAAUAUGUUAACGGAGAAUGGGUCCCAGGUGGAAAAGCGGAAGUCGCUCCUCCGAAUCCAAUUUACAUUCAUCCAGAGAGUCCAAAUUUUGGAUCUCAUUGGAUGAAAGAAGCGGUAUCGUUUGCUAAAGUGAAAUUGACAAACAAAUCCAAUGGAAACGGGCAAAUUAUGCUAAAUUCAUUACAUAAAUAUGAACCUCGAGUGCACUUGGUUCGCGUAGAUGCAGUGGAAGAAAGAACGGUGCUCACCUAUCGUUAUCCUGAGACACAAUUCAUAGCGGUGACAGCUUAUCAAAAUGAAGAAGUUACAAAUUUAAAAAUUAAAUACAAUCCUUUUGCGAAGGCGUUUCUUGACGCUAAAGAAAGACCUGCUGAUCCGCAAACUUAUCCGCAAUCUGGUCACAGGAGUACUUGUAGAUCAACGCCUUACACUUUGAGACAUAAAUACAUUCAAGAUGAACAACGCGCGGAUCCGUAUGGUUCAGUACAACUUUUGCAUUCUACAGCAUAUGUAGCACCACCAGGAUGGUCACCACGUAGUCCAGAAUCUCUGCAAAAUUUGAAUCCAGCUUGUCUUCCACCUACGCAGGAAUGGCCCACAUCUCCUUCACCUUCACCAACUUCAUCUUCACAUGCAGUAUUCAGUAGAAGCGUUGUUGGAACAGCAUCACCAACCACAGCUACAGGAUGCACUUUAUAUGUGCCAUCAAACCUAUCUUCUGUUCCUCAGGAACACAAUCAUUGUACUGAUACUUCAGCUUGGAUUCAUCCUACUACUCUGUCAGAGCAACAACAACAGCAACAACAAUCUUAUUUAAAUUUAAAUUUACAUUUACAUCAUCAAAUGUCAUCUUAUACGUCAGUUCCUCAUACAGGAUUACAUCAUACUUUACACUCAAAUGGAACAGAUACCGUUCCUCCUGUUGACGAAUAUGUUCAUGAAUAUCAUGCUUCUCCUGUUCAAUCAACAACGCCCGAUCGUCAUUCACAACAUCAUCAUUCUCAAAUGCUACAUUUACAACCAAUCCAACAAGCUGGAACAGUCUCUCCUGUUAGUGUCGAAUACGAUACUCCUUCGAAAGAACAUCAUAUACCUGUUAGUUAUUCUGAACAAAAUGCAGACACAUUAAAUGAUGUACAGUCAGAUGAAAAUAGAAGAUAUCUAACAACGGUGAUUGAUAGACAUCAUCGACAAGAUUCAGAUAUUGCAAAUAAUGAUCAUCAAGCUACUGCUUGGACACCAUUGACACCACCGCCGGCACCACAAACUACAGCAAUUUGAUUUCUGUACAUGAUACAAAUGAUCUUAUUUAAGGUAUGGAGUUGCUAUUUGAUAAUUUCUAUAUUUCUUUUAAUAAUUAGGUGACUAAGUAUGAACGAAAUCAUAUUAUAUUUACAAAUGCAUUUGGAGUGCAAUAGAAAUGAUAUACAUAAAUAACUAAAAUUAUUAAUAGAUAUAUAGAUAUGUUAAAAAAUAUCAUUCAUGAAAUGAAUAUUAUACGAAUAUAUAAUAAUGAAUACCAAUAUAAGCAUUGAAAAAAAUAUUAAAAUAAUAAGAUUAAUGAAAUAAUUUAAUAGAUUGUCAAAUUAUAUAUUUCAUAAUUAUUUAAUAUCGAAUUUAAUGUCGAAUCCGUCCUAAAAUCGUGUUAAUGUUUUUAGAUAAUAUACAUUAAGUAUAACAGUAAAAUAUGCAUAUACCGUUUCCUUGGAAUUAAAAAAAUAUCGUAAUAUCAUAAGUUGAUUUGUUUAUACUUGACAUAUGAUAAUUUAUUCAUAGACAAAUAUUCAUGUAUAUACAUUUCUUAAAUAGAAAAGCAUAAAGGCACUUACAUUUUCUUAA